AUGUCCACAAGCAUCACGGUGAGGAACAGAGACCGGUCCCUGCCACCCCUAUUAUUGCCCAGUGUUUCCUUGUUGGAAAAGGAUUUAUGUCGUGGAGGUGCCCAGAAUGUAGGCAUAACUGAUCCAGAACUCUCAUCAGCCAUUUGGACAAGAAAACGGGCUCCCCCGUCUGACGAACUCGCUCCCAACUUAGCAAACAAUUCAAUAUUCCGAGCCAAGAGGCUAAAAUCUGCUACUAUGGACGUGAACAGGUAUGCUAUGGGUAUCGCCACGAUAACGCCUCCGCCAACAAUACCCGUCAGCGCCAUCGUCUCUUCCUCGCAAAAUUGCAUUUCCUCUUUCGAAUACCAAAACCAUGCUCUUGCCUCUAUCGGCAAUGAAGACGGCAAUGCGACCACCACUACAAUGUCCAUGACCUCUCGCUCCACCAGUAACUCUACCAUUUCCUCCACAGCAUCCACUGGCUCGAAUUCAAAAAGGCAAAGAAGCGGUCCAAGUUGCGACAAGUGUCGUUUGAAAAAAAUAAAAUGCAAUGCUAAAAUUGAAAUCUUGCUCCAAGACGACUCCAUGAUACCAUUGAUCUCGGACAAGCUACGUUACAUUUUGACUCCCAACGAUAUUCAACUGCAUAAAGGCACUCUACUGCAAAACAUAACCCUACCAGACGAUGUAAUCGAGGGGACCAGCUCACGGAAGCUGAUCAAGCAUAUUGAUAAGCUGGUUCUGCUCACGCCUUGUUUGCCAUGUACCAAGAAAAAACACGCCCAUUCUUCCUCUUCUUCCACCUUUUCAAAAAAUGUUAAUUGCACAUUUUCGAAAGGCUUCACCAGAGCCGACAUAAAUGUUUCAUCUAAAAUCUCUUCAAAAUUCAAAGAUAAAACCAUAUACGACAUAACUUAUGAUGACUACAAAACCACAAAUCUGUAA